AUGGACGCGUUUAUUGAACACCAAGUCAAGCUUGUCGAGAAGGAAAAGCAGAUCGAUGUCGAGGAUACCUUGCAAUUGCUCUCGUCAUUCACACCCAUUCAGCUUCAAAAGCGUGGUGUUGCGCUAAUCGGGCUCAAGGUGACAGGCAUGCGAACGGGUCUUGGAGGCAAAAAUCUUGUUGACCUUGAGCUUGCCAAUCCUACACGAUCACCACCCACUUUUCCGCCCCACAAGAUCAGCACGGGAGAUAUUGUUGGAUUGGAUGAAUACAAAAAGGACAAGCAGACCGGCAAAAGCAAACCAUUUGGAUCACAAUGGUCGGGUGUCGUUGUUCGAGCUACAGAUACAAAGAUCACUGUUGCAUUGUCACAUGAUAAUGAAUUGCCACCUGAGGUUCAGGAACGAUGUCAAAUCGUCAAGUUGGCGAAUAAUAUCACCUAUGAUCGCAUGCUUACUGCUCUUGAGCAAUUGAGAUCAGCUGCACCUUCGCAUGGAUUGGGUCAAGUACUUCUCGGCCAACGACCACCAUCACCGCCACAAGAAGUUUCGGACUUGCAGUUCUUUGAUGAAUCUCUCAAUGAAUCACAAAAAGAUGCUGUACGCUUUGCACUUGGUGCCCAUGAAAUUGCUCUCGUGCACGGUCCGCCUGGGACAGGCAAGACAUAUACAUUGGUGGAAAUCAUCCGGCAACUUGCCGUUGUUCAAGGCAAAAAGGUGCUCGUAUGUGGUCCAUCCAAUAUAUCCGUAGACAACUUGGUGGAAAGAUUGGCACGUCAUCGAAUGAACCUUGUACGCGUGGGUCAUCCAGCACGUAUCCUGCCUACUGUUUUGGAGCAUUCGCUUGAUAUCAUUACACGUACAUGUGAUUCCGGUCAAAUUGUUGCUGAUGUACGACGUGAAAUGGAUGAGACCUUGGCCAAGAUUAGCAAGACCAAAAAGCGUUCGGAGCGCCGUGAAUUAUACAUGCACCUCAAGGAUCUUCGUAAGGACUAUCGUGCUCGAGAACGUAAGGUGUUGGAUGAAGUGAUGACCGGAGCUGAUGUAUUGAUAUCAACACUCAAUGGGUGUGGGAGCAAGACUAUGAUGAAGCGUGAAUUUGACGUGGUGAUUAUUGACGAGGCAACGCAAGCUCUGGAAGCUGAAUGCUGGAUCGCCCUUUUAAAAGGCAAAAAGGCCAUUUUGGCAGGUGAUCAUCUUCAGCUUCCUCCCACUGUCAAGACACCCGUUGCAUCAUCAGCUGACAAGAAGAAGGCUUCCAAAAAUGGUCUCUCGCUUGCAACAGAUCUUACAACGACACUUUUUGAUCGACUCCUUGGAAUGUAUGAUACUGCAACAAUCAAACGUAUGCUGGUUGUCCAAUACCGUAUGCAUCAAAAGAUCAUGGAAUUCAGCUCCAAGGAGUUGUACGAGAACAAGCUGGUGGCUGAUGACAGCGUUGCAUCACAUCUGCUAUCUGAUUUGCCUGAUGUGAGCCACAGUGAUGAUACGGAUAUGCCCGUGGUAUUGAUCGAUACAAGUGAUACGGGUCUCGGCCACGAGAUUGAAGACGAAGCACAAGAUGGUGGCGAAAAAAGUCGAGCCAACGAGCUUGAAGUUGAUCUUGCUGUCAAGCAUGUACAAUCGCUCCUGGAUGAUGGAUUGGAACAAGAACAUAUUGGCGUCAUUACUCCUUAUGCAUAUCAGGUGACCCAUUUGAUCCGAGCCAUGCGUGAACAGUGGCCAGCAAUUGAAAUUGGUACAGUGGAUGGAUUUCAGGGGCGUGAAAAAGAAGCCAUCAUUCUCUCACUGGUGCGAUCCAAUGAUGAAGGGCAAGUUGGCUUUUUGGCUGAAAAGAGGCGUCUCAAUGUGGCCAUGACUCGUCCAAAACGACAUCUUUGUGUGAUUUGCGAUACGGAGACCUUAUCCGGCGCGAAGGCCACGAAAAAGAAUACCAUAGAUGGUGGAUUUUUGAAACGUUGGAUGGAUUGGUUAAAUGAAGAAGCAGAUUUGAGAUUUAGUGAACAAUAA